AUGUUCGCGGCGCAGGGCAGAGCACUUCGGCUGCUUUCACAAGCGAAGAUUCAGCACAACCUGUGCCACCUGGGCGCAGUUCUGAUUCGCGGCAAGCUUGACAGCUCCGCUUUCAAUCCCCUGAACAAGACAGCCGGGCAAAGGACAGCAAGCACUGCGACAUGUGCAGCCGAGCAGUCCUUCGAGCAGCGAGCCGGUACAACAUCUGACGAGACGAUUGAUGUGCUGCGCCGGGAGAACAAGCUUCUCCGGUCAGAGCUCGCCGAGCUUCGCUGGCCCCAACUUCAUUCGUUUCAGGCCCGGGGCCGGCACUACCCUUUGCCCUGGCAUCCGCCAGCGAAGAGCUCGGUCGCGUUGAGCAAGGCUGAUUUGCAGUAUUUGUCUGGGGUGUUCGAUGGUGACGGAUGUGCAUUGGGUUGUGCCUCGCGUUCUACGUGCAUGCUCUCCAUGACUCAAUCCUACGACCAUGCAGAAGUUCUGCUCCUUUUCCAAGAUUCUUUCGGUGGUAGUAUCUGCAGCAAGCGAAAUAGCGGUACAGGGCUGACCAAGCCGACCUUGCAGUGGCAGGUAUACGGGGCAAAGGCUAGACUGGCUGCUCGAGAUCUUUCCCCGCACAGCAGCACGAAGAGAAGUCAGCUUGAACUGAUAGCAGAUUGGCCCAACGAUCCAUUGCAACGGAUAGAAUCUGACAAAAAACUGCGCUUGUUGAAAACACAAGAUUCGGCUGCGGAGUUCCGCUGCAGUUGGGGAUACUGCGCAGGAUUUUUGGAUGCAGAUGGCUGCAUCUGGCUUUCUCCUACAGGAUCUGUCUUCGUUCAGUUUUCUCAGAAGUAUCCUACCGUUCUCGAACACAUCCGAAACUUCAUGGCUGAACAGGCCGGUGUCACUGCUAAGACUUAUCAAUGCAAUGCGAAUCUUUUUACGUUGCGCAUCACCAAAGACUCCGAUUCUAAGCGGGUGUUGAAAUGCAUGCUGGAUGCAGGCCUCCGUCGGAAGGCUGUGCAAGCCUCUCUUGUCGUCAGUUCGACUCAUGAAUCAGUUGGCCAUGUCAGAGAGGCGUUCGCGCGGUGUGUGGGAAAUCAGAAUUUUGGCAAGAGAUUGGACGAAGAUGGCAUUGCGAGGUCUGUAAGAAUCACCAACUUGCAGAUGCGAGUACGUUACUGGAAGCAGAAGGGACAGACUGAAAAGGCUGCUACUGUCUCGAAGGAGAUACAAGUGCUACAGUGCAAGCAUCGUUUCCUGAAGGCGCAGUUGGAGAAUCGGCAACUGCUCGAGUAUCGCGAGAUGCUGCAACACUUGCAGUUCAAUAGCUGGUAG